ACAAUGCUAGAACAGGCUGAAGGCCUGGGAUACUGUGGGCCGGUUGCUAUGGAGACACGUCCACCGUAUCCCGGCAUGCCUGGACACCAGUAGUUCUAAUGUAAGCUCCACAAUGGGCGCCUCCUGAUGACGCACACGGAAGCGUCGACACCUCCUGGAGAAAGAGAGACCUGCGCAGCUCUGCCCCGGAGACCAACGGCGGCGGCGUUCACAUCCUGGGUUCGACAGCUCUCUGGGAGUCUUGGACGUGAAGCCGGAGGCCCCAGUCCCUGCGGUCUUUGUAGUUGUUCUUCACUCUGCCAGGAACAUUCGUCUCUUGUUGGCCUGGUCCUCACCUAGUCUGUCUCCCUCUGGAAGCUGUCACUGCUGCAGCAAGUUCCAGAUCCUGUGUAGACACCUCUCCCAUAGCACCUUAGUUUGACUCUCUUCACAGCAUUAUAAAGAUUCCUAGGGGCUGGGAAGACAAGGUCGAGGAGCCUGUGUUUAACAAGAGCCUUUUGGCUAGAGCACCUCAUUUAAGAAGGCGGAGGGGACUUAAUAUCUUCUGAGGAACCCUCUGCUGAUUAAGGCCAUCGGUACACCCGAGGUACCUCAUCGUCUUCCAAGUGGUUUAGCAGAGCCCAGAUGCCCAUCCAACCUUCAGGCAAAGAAACAGAAGAGAUGGAGGCAGAAGGCGACUCAGCAGCUGAGAUGAAUGGGGAGGCAGAUGAGAGUGAGGAGGAGCGGAGUGGCAGCCAGACGGAGUCAGAGGAGGAGAGCUCAGAGAUGGAUGACGAGGACUACGAGCGGCGCCGCAGUGAGUGUGUCAGCGAGAUGCUGGACCUGGAAAAGCAGUUCUCGGAGCUGAAGGAGAAGUUGUUCAGGGAACGGCUGAGUCAGCUACGCUUACGACUGGAGGAAGUGGGGGCUGAGAGAGCUCCAGAGUACACAGAGCCUCUUGGAGGGCUGCAGCAGAGCCUAAAGAUCCGCAUUCAGGUGGCAGGGAUCUACAAGGGCUUCUGUCUGGAUGUUAUCAGGAAUAAGUAUGAGUGUGAACUCCAGGGAGCCAAACAACACCUGGAGAGUGAAAAGCUGCUGCUGUAUGACACUCUGCUUGGGGAGCUGCAGGAGCGGAUCCAGAGGCUGGAGGAGGACCGGCAGAGCCUGGACAUCAGCUCUGAGUGGUGGGACGACAAACUGCAUAGCAGGGGCAGCUCGAAGACCUGGGACUCGGUGCCACCCAGCAAAAGGAAGAAGGCACCGCUUGUUUCUGGCCCGUACAUUGUGUACAUGCUGCAGGAGAUUGACAUCCUGGAAGACUGGACGGCCAUCAAAAAGGCCAGGGCAGCAGUGUCCCCUCAGAAGAGAAAAGCAGAUGGACCCUGACCAUGCAUUUACACCCAGAUGGUCCUGGAAGCAGCUGGUACCGCACACAGGAUUAACAUUUCUCUGCAAAGGCAGGGGGUUGCCUAGUAGCUCUCCGGUGUUACUGCUGUCCCCUCACCCUCUGCCACCACUGGCCUGGACUCCUCUGCUCUCUUUGGGAUCUGUAUAACUGUGGCCCCAAAGCUGACCUGGCCAAGCAAGACUGUUGUCCAUCCCUGACCAGCCCACCCCCUUCCUAAGAGUAACUUCCUCAGUGUUCCCCACAAAGAAGACAGGCCUCAUCCAGAGUCAAAGCAGCAACCCUCCUGACUUUCAACCCUGGCCCUCAGCCUCUGAGCUAGGAGCCAGGCCCAACUACAGGAGGAACUCCCCAUCAGAGACAUGCUGGGUCUUGCCAUCCUAACUGCUGCUGGGGAUGACGGCUUCCCAGGCUUUCUCAGGGCCAUUCCUGGUGUCUGCCUCUCAGAUUCCAAAGACUGGAAUAAAAUUUAACCUGGGACCUCAA